UGAGUCAUAGACGGAGGCGUUGAGUCAUUUCGUCAUUUGUCAUUUUAUUUUGGACUAUUUUCUUUUAGAACUGUUUGAAAAUUUUCCAUAUUUCCGUUUAAUUUACAAGUUUUUAGUGCUUUUUUCGCGUAUAUAUUUAACAAAGAUGCCUACUCAGUUAGCCGACGACAAUAGCAACAACGAAAUCAGAGCGAAAAUAGCGUACAGUGGCGAAGUCCUUAUAACCUACAUAGAUCGGACGAUCACCUACGAAGAUUUGUGCGAAGAAAUUCGGGAAAUAUGCCGAUUUUCACAGGACCAAAUCUUCACCAUGAAGUGGGUAGAUGAAGAAGGGGACCCGUGCACUAUUUCCACACAGUUAGAAUUGAAUGAGGCCAUUAGAUUAUAUGAAAUCAACAAAGACUCGGAGAUAACAGUUCAUGUGUUUCCUAACGCUCCACCACAACCAGGAAUGCCUUGUCAAGGAGAGGACCGAAGUAUCUAUCGUAGAGGUGCAAGAAGAUGGAGGAAGUUGUACAGAGUAAAUGGACACAUUUUCCAAGCUAAAAGAUUCAAUAGAAAAGCGUUUUGCGCUUACUGUCAUGAUAGAAUCUGGGGUUUGGGCCGACAAGGUUUCAAAUGUAUUCAAUGUAAAUUAUUAGUACACAAAAAGUGUCACAAAGCAGUUAAUGUAGCUUGUACUAGUGACCACAUUCUUGAGUCCGUUUCACGUGAUGAUAGAAAUGGAGAAAUGCCUGUGCCUGUUACAACAUCUACAAACGAAAGUAUUCAGAGUAGUGUGAUAGAAUACAGUGAUACAUCCCCAGAUGUUACGGGUGAAGCUGUUCCAGUUGAAGACCCAAACAAGCCGCUGGACGACUUAGAACCAGGUUCCCAACGUCAAUACUCUUUAAUCGAUUUUGAACUGAUUAGAGUAAUUGGAAGAGGUUCGUAUGCAAAGGUUUUGAUGGUAGAACUGAAGAAAACUAAAAGAAUCUAUGCAAUGAAGGUCAUUAAAAAGGCUCUAGUCACUGAUGACGAAGACAUUGAUUGGGUCCAAACAGAAAAACAUGUUUUUGAAACGGCCUCGAAUCAUCCUUUCCUUGUAGGGUUACAUUCGUGCUUCCAGACACCUUCAAGACUGUUUUUCGUAAUAGAAUUUGUAAGAGGGGGCGAUUUGAUGUUCCACAUGCAGCGACAAAGGAAGUUGCCUGAAGAACACGCCAGGUUUUAUGCUGCUGAGAUAUCUCUGGCACUGAAUUUCCUGCAUUGUAAAGGAAUCAUUUAUAGGGACUUAAAGUUGGAUAAUGUUUUGCUAGAUCACGAGGGUCAUAUAAAAUUGACAGAUUAUGGUAUGUGUAAGGAAGGUAUUCGUUCUGGUGAUACCACUUCGACUUUCUGUGGAACCCCAAAUUAUAUAGCUCCAGAAAUUCUAAGAGGUGAAGAUUAUGGUUUUUCAGUAGAUUGGUGGGCUUUAGGUGUUUUAUUGUAUGAAAUGUUAGCUGGAAGAUCGCCAUUUGACAUAGCAGGAGCCUCAGAAAAUCCUGAUCAAAACACUGAAGAUUACCUGUUCCAAGUUAUCUUAGAAAAAACAAUCCGUAUUCCGAGAUCUCUCAGUGUGAAAGCCGCAAACGUUUUGAAAGGUUUCCUGAACAAAAACCCAGCAGAUAGGUUAGGGUGUCACAGUACGGAUUCCUUUAUUGAUAUAACAGGGCAUCAGUUUUUCAAGAGCAUCGAUUGGGAUGCACUGGAGCAAAAACAGGUACCUCCACCAUAUAAGCCCCGUUUGGACUCUGACAGAGAUCUGGCUAACUUCCCUCCAGAAUUUACAGAUGAACCGGUACAUCUUACUCCAGAUGAUCCACGAGUAAUUGAAAAAAUUGAUCAGUCAGAGUUUGAAGGGUUUGAGUAUGUGAAUCCCUUGCUGAUGUCCCUGGAAGAUUGUGUUUAAAAUAGGUUAGUUUAAUUACAGGGUGUUCAAAAAAUAUGAGGUCUUGCUUCAGCAGGUAAUGUUCAAAAAAAAAUUAUAUUUAAAACUAUGCAUUGCUCUGAGCCAUGUUUAGUAGGAUCUUUUUUCCAUAUUUUUUUGAUGAGGAUGAAUCACCUUCCAACAUUUGACAGUACAUUUUUUGAACACUCUGUAUAUAGGAUUAUUUAUUUUAUUAGACAUAGUAAUUUACACCUUUAGAAUAAUAUAACUUUUUAUCUGUUUCAAAAUCCCUACUUAAGAUUUUUAUGUAUUUCUAAUUUUUUAAAUUUAGUUUGUUACGGAUAAAAUAUUAUUAUAUUAUAAAUAUUUGGAUUACCUAGUAAUCCAUGUGAAUUCGAAUACCUAUUUAGGAGAUUUAGGUAUACUUAUGUAAAGUACAUUAUAUUAAUGUUGUAAGAAUUUUAGGGAAUUGAUAUAUGUAUGUUUGUUUCUAAAAUCAGUAUUCAGCUUUAUUGAAUGCUCAUAAGUUUGGUAUUUUAGGUAUUAUAUAUUUACUCACAAGCAGUAUUUGUAUUGGCAACUUUUUUAGAUUAAUCUGAGAGAUUAUAUUGUAGGUAUUCGAUAUCUUCUCUUAAUGAGAGGUGAUAUUGUAGGCAUUCAAUAUCAUUUCUCAUUAAUGAGGGGUGAUAUUAAAUGGCUCCAUAUCUUAGUGAAUAUAUCAUUGUUAAUGAGAUAUUGUAGGCAUUCAGUAUAAUUUAUCUUUUCAUGAGAGAUGAUAUAGGCAUUCAGUAUUAUCUUUCUGUAAUAAGAGAUGAUAUUGUAGGUAUUUACUAUUAUCUCGCUGUAAUCAUCUUAAUCUUUCUUAAUGAGAUAUUGUAAGCAUUCAAUGUAAUUUAUCUCUGUAAUGGGGUUGAUAUUAUAGGAAUUCAGUAUUAUCUCUCUUUAAUGAAAGAUGAUAUUGUAGGCAUUCAGUAGCAUCUCUAAUGAGGGAUGAUAUUGUAAGCAUUCAAUAUCAUUUUCUCAUUAAUGAGAGUUGAUAUUGUAGGUAAUCAGCAGCAUCUUUUAUUGAUAGGUGAUUUGUUCAACAUCAACUCCUAGUAAUUCAAUAUCAACUCCUAGUAAUGAAAGAUUGUUUUGUAUACAUUCCAAAUGAUAGCCCUCUUUGAUGAGAGAUGAUAUUGUAGGCACUUAAUGUUAUAAUAUAUAUGUAUAUUGUUAUAUUUUUAUACACGAUUAAAAAUAUAUUCUAUUAUAAAAUUUUA